UGUGUAUGUAUAUAUAUAUAUAUAUAUAUAUAUACGCUGUCAUCGAAUCAUUGAAGUUUAUCGAAUAAAAUCAUUCUAUUCAAUCUUCAUAUACUUGUGUUAUCUCACGAAAUAUCUCAGUAUCAAAUGACAAGACCAAAUGUCGGCGAAAAUAGCUGCCAAUCCAGGCUGAAGCAAUAUCUCAUGACUUAUACCAAAGCUCGCGAUCGUUCAUCUCCGGACCCAAACCCAGCAAGCCAACCGUCUGAUAUGCCAAAACUCGAGCUUGACAACUUGCCGUCCGAUGUAAUCACCGACAUCCUAUGCCAACUUCCGGUGAAGACGCUUCUACGGUUCAGAUGCGCAUCCAAGCGUUGGCGCUCCGAAAUAGACAGUCCAGAUUUCAUCAAGCUUUACCUUAGCCACUCCCUUGCCACUAAGUCCAAUCUCAGCCUUAUUCUCCAACGUUGGUCCGACCUCUACUCUGUUGAGUUCGAUUCGGUUCGCGCUGCCACGGAACUGAUCAAUCCCCCAUUGAAGGAUGAGAUCUGCACGGGUGUUUCUCUCUCUUGCAAUGGCCUGGUGGCUGUUUGGAAAAAUUACCGUCAAGAUCAAGAAUUGGCUUUGUGGAACCCAUCUACGAGAAAGCACCAGAUACUGCCUGUAAUGCCGGUUGAGGCUCCUAAAGGCAGUACUCUUACUACCUUUUAUGGAUUUGGGCACGACCCCAUUAGCGAUGACUACAAGGUGGUGAGGAUGGUGCAGUUUGAUGGUGAUCAUCAUGGGUCUGUUCAGGUUAGAGUUUACAGCUUGAAGACCAACUCAUGGAGAGGAAUGAAGGACGACGCCAUACCCUAUUUUGUUCACAAUCUGUUUCCUUACGGAAGAGGUUGUGGUGCGCUUGCUAGUGGUGCUUUGCAUUGGGUGGCUCCUGGAGAGUCUGGAGGGUGCUGUGUGAUUGUUGCUUUUGAUCUUGGCGUUGAGGAGUUUCGAAUAGUGCCGCAGCCUGAUGGUGUCGACAGUGGUUCGAAAGUGGAUGUGGUGGUCUUGGAAGGGCGCCUGUGCAUGCUUUGCAAUUACGAUAGUGGGUGUGUUGAUGUGUGGGUAAUGAAGGAAUAUGGCUUGAAGGAGUCUUGGACUAAAGUGUUUGAGGUUUCUCGUGAUUGUUUUGAUGUGUGUUCACAGUCCAGUUUCAACAGGAAUUUUGGGCAGGUGAAGCCCUUAGCUUAUUCUAAGAGUGGUGACAAGAUUCUUUUGGAAGUGGACAUGGACAAGCUCCUUUGGUAUGAUUUUAGGAGGAAGAGAGCUGAGAGAGUGAGGAUUGAGGGGGCUCCAAUUCCUUUCAGUGCGGAUGUUUACGUGGAAAGCCUUGUUCCCUUAGGUGGUGGUGGUGGAAUGGAUCGGAAGACACAGCAACCGCCAGAGGAAAAGAAGAAAAGCAAAAGAAAGAAGAUCAUGGAUGAUUUCCUGUCAAAAUACUUUAAUAAACUGACUCUAUAAGCAAACUGGACAGACAAUACGAGCGAAGUAGAAUUUACUUUUGUAGGAUUUUCAAUGUUUGUAUGAUUUUCCGAAGGUUGUAGGCACCUUUAGUAAAGUGACUGAAUCAAGGCAUGCCAUUGCAAUACUGCUAAUUUGUCUAUCUUGAAUGAAUUUUGAAUGGAAUGUGAAUGCUGUGUGUGUAUUUAAAGAAUUAUCUGUGGUGCAUUUUUUAGUCACAAAGCAUGGUAUUGAAUUAUGAAUUCUGUGGUUAACUCUACUAAAAUUCUGAUAUAAUUUCUAGUAGAACGAACUUUUACCUAUUGCGUUGGGUACUUUUAAAAAUCUUAUUUACUAUAGAACGGACGGCUUUUAAUGGUUGUCAAAUCUCGUGCAGACCUCUCAAACGUGACUCAAAUUGCAAACUUUUAAUGGUAGUAGAAUCUCGUGUCCCGUCUAGCUCUAAUUGGUUAAGAGACAAGCAUCAUAAUUCAUAAGAAAAUGAUAAUACCAUUCCCUUGUCCAUCCGCUGUACAUCUCCGUACAAUGAAUUUACAAAUUAACCAUUGAAUUUGUCAUGUGACAAUGAGUCCUAGAAAUUCAAUAAUUGAUUUGCAAAAGGGAUGAACAGC